AUGUAUUUCCGCACCUGCGAUAGGCGCAGAUGCAGUCUUGAAGCCGCAGAAGUGGAGUCUAGGAUUUUAAGUGAAAUCCGCUCUUGCGAUGGAAUAUCCGCAGAGGAUAGUGAAAUGGAGGCUAAUGUUCCUAAUAUUGUCGACCAUACUGAAUCACAAACAGUAGAUUGUGAGGUUGCAACUGAUUGUAGUUCAAAUGAGAGUGAAGAUGAUACCGUUUUUUCAGAUUAUGACUCUGAAGAUUUAGAAAGUGACACCAAAAGACUGAGGUACAUGUGUGAGGUUGGCUGCCCCUUUGUUUGUCUCAUUUCUGAGGAUAAGAAUGGUGGUGGGGUUAAGAUCAAAACUCUUAAGUCAAAACAUAAGUGUAACCCUGCAUAUGAUAACGCUAGGAUUGAUUUUAAUACUAUUGCAGAAUAUUUUAAGAACAAGCUGCAGGAGAAUCCUAUCAUCAAAGUUAAGGAGAUGAGAGUAGCCUUGAAAACUACCUUCAACAUCAAUGUUAGCCAUGCAAAGUGUAAGAGGGCCAAGAGAAUGAUACUUGAAUCCCUUGCUGGUAGUUUUACUAAUGAGUAUAAUAAGAUAGAGGCAUAUGCUAAUGAAUUGAGGCUGCGUAAUCCAGGGAGUGAUGAAAUAAUUACCUUAUCAAAGGAUGCACUUGCUGAAGGAAAUAGAAUAUUUUCUAGGAUGUAUAUCUGCUUCCAUGCUCUAAAAAUAGGGUUUAAGAGUGGGUUGAAACCCUUUAUUGGCUUGGAUAGAACUUUAUUGGAAAGAAAGGCUAAAGGUCACCUCGACCUGGUUCUAAUCAUUGUUGAACAAUUCAUUAGACCUCAAUCUGGGGAAGGAUACACAUUUAUGUUAGACACGCAGAAGGGCGUAAUUGAGGCAGUUCAGAGAGUAGUUCCUGAUGCACACCACAAAUACUAUGUGAGGCACAUAGAGGCUAACUGGUGUAGGAGAUGGGGUGCUGGGAAUUUGAAGAAAUAUGUCACGACCCCAAUUCCCCUCCGUAAGAUGUCGCGCUGGCACCCAGUCUCUAAGACUAGGUAA